AUGCCAAAAAAGCUCCCCACCGCGGUGAUAGCCGGUCUCCUGGUGCUUGCGAGCUCGUGCACGGCAUGGCCCUUCCUCGACCAAACCUUAGGCCCGACGACCGAGCCACACCGGACCGAUCCAUCCGAUCUGGGGGCGAUAGUGAUCCGCGACGACGACGAGGAGGAGUACGACGUGGUGGACAACUCGAUGGAGGGGGGCGAGGCUUGGUCGGACGGUGAGUUGUCGGGGCACCUCGAGCACCUCGAGGGCCGGCUGUUUGGCUCGCCGAGCAACGAGACGGGCGCCAGGGUGGACGGUUGGCACGAGGGUCUGGGCGUCAACCCGGAGGAGCUGGGCGAGUACGCCGAGGGCGACAUACUCUACCCCCUCGCGAUGGCUCGGAACGGGGUCAAGGCUGAGAGCGCCCGCUGGCCGAACGGGGUGGUGCCCUUCGUCAUCAGUCCGUACUUCAACGAGCAACAGCAGAGGGUCAUAAGGGAGGCGAUGCUCGAUUACCACAAGCACACGUGCGUCAAGUUCAAGCCGUACGCCGGCGAGGAGUCGGACUACCUGCGCAUCACGGCGGGGAAAACCGGGUGUUGGAGCAGCGUCGGGCGCAUGGGCGGCAGGCAAGACUUGAACCUGCAGGUGCCCGGUUGCGUGGCGAGGAAGGGCACCGUCAUACACGAGCUCAUGCACGUGGUGGGAUUUUUGCACGAGCAGAGCCGCCACGAGCGCGACCAGUACGUCAGUGUACAGUGGCAGAACAUCAAUCCGGGUCGCGAGUCCAACUUUGAAAAGUCGCGCAUGAGCACGACCGAGGCUUUCGGCAUAGGCUACGACUACGGCAGCGUCAUGCAUUACUCUGCCCGAGCCUUUUCCCGUAAUGGCCAACCCACGAUCAUUCCCAAGACGUACUCCAUCGACAGCAUUGGUCAGCGGGAGGGUUUCAGCGUGAGGGACAUAAAAAAAAUACGAAGGAUGUACAGGUGCAGCAGCCGAAGACGCCACUAUGGCGCUAACCUUUGA